GAGAGCCAUUGUUCUAGUCGUGGAGCUCUGCAGAGGGUCACGCGGCCGCGUUGCUCGGGUACCGGACGGCGGUCUGUCGUUAUGACGGGCUCUGGUCCGAAACUCGGCGUCCUGCUGCUGGUGGCGGUCCUGCUGCAGACGGUGGUCGUCACCAUCACGGUGCUGCAUUUCACCUCGGCUCUAAACUCGAUGAAAGAGACCUUCGCCAGAAGCAGCGUUUCCUGUUUGACGGGCUCUGAUCUGCAGAGCAUUAGUGCUGUGCAGGGUGAUCUCUGCUGGCAGGUCACUCAGCAGUUUCACCUGCUCAUAGAAAAGUCUCUGUCUCAGCGUUACCAGAGGCGGAUUUCAUCAGCAGUGAGAGAUGAAGUAUCCCGUGUGCUGCCCUCGCUUGUAACGGACGAUAGGGCUUCACCUCGCCCCAAAGUCGCUGCUCAUGUUACGGGCAGCUUUGUAGCCAAACUGGAGCGCAGUGGUGGAGCUCCAGUCCCUGCUGGGCGACGGGUUCAGGGUCAAAAGAUCACUUGGUGGGAGGGUCAGAAGGGCCUUGCGUUCCUGCAGGACGUGCAGCUGCUGGACGGGGAGCUGGUGGUGUUGCAGCCCGGCCUCUACUACGUCUACGCCCAGACGUACUUCAGGCACACCCACUCCCUGGAGGAGGACGGUGAAGAGGUAGAGGACAGAGGGAAACCUCUGCUGCAAUACGUCUACAAGAAGGUGAACUCCUACCCCGUCCCCAUCCUGCUGAUGAAGACCAGCCGGACAUCCUGCUGGUCUCGGGGUUCCGACUUCUCUCUGCACUCCGCCCACCAGGGGGGGCUGUUCCCGCUCACGACCGGCGACCGCCUGUUCGUGACCGUCACCAAUGCCUCUGCUGUGGACAUGGAUGAGAAGAGCAGCUUCUUCGGAGCGUUUCUCGUCAGUUAGAGGGUUGAUGGAAGGAAACUGACAUCAUGGCGGCGUGGUUUUUCAAAAACGAUCAAACUGCUGCAAGCAUCAGACCGCCCUGAGACGUCUCCUCUUUUUGUCUUAAGGGAUCAGUAACGGAACAAAAUCUUGAUAACACUGGUUUACCUGGCAGAAGGGACCUACUGAAAACAUGAGGACGGAGUAUGGACCCAACUGUUUCUGAUCUGCAAACAUUUCCUGAGACCACAGUGCUUUAAUUCUAGCAACGGUUGAAGAGCUUUUCUGAUUAGAUCAGUUCCAACAGCAAUUUCCAAAUGUUAGAGAAAAUUCACCUAGAAGCUGACCAUCCUCCAGCUUAGACGGUUAUGCAGUGUUGCAUAAACUUUUUUUUUUUUUUUUAAGGGGUAAAUCUCUGUUAUUUCUGAAUUUUGCAUAACAGCAAAGUUUGAAUUUGCAGUUUGUCACUAUUUUCGCUAUUUAGAAAGCUUAAUACAUUUGAUAUACAUAUUCUAUCCUGCGAAACCCCUUUAGGCAAAGUGAAAUUUUUCUCCAAAACGUUAGAGAUAGUAAACUUUUAAUUCAAAAUGUGUUAAAUUAAAUCCUUUCUGCCUGAAUGUAUUUAAAGUUUUAUAAAAUAUUUGUUUGUGGAUUCAGGCAAGAAUGAAAUGUUUUGGAUAUAGUUAAUUUAAGUAUAACACAUCUAAAUGAUAUAUCUUUUAGUUUGCAGAUUCAUGUAAUUAGGCAUAACUGGACAUAAUUCCAACCACCAGACGUCAGGAAGGGGUUUCCAGUACAAACAUUAUCAUCUUUGUCUAAGACACAGCGGUUGGUAUUUUAUGAGCCCCGUCGUAAAAGUGGUUUAGGUUAUAUUUACAUUAAACGUCAUGGAUUUAAGUCUGACUGUCAUUAAUAGAUGUAAAGAAAUUUAGCAUCUGGCCACAAAAGAGCUCAUAUCCAAAUCUCUACCAUUUAGAGGAAAAUAUGGAGA